GGAGAGUAGAGCCCGGACGAAGGGGGUGGGGCCGAUCGUUGUUUUAGUACGUCGGUGGCCCGCUCGCUCGCUGCAGUCAGUACAGCCGGCGAACUCAGGCGAGGAUGGCCAGCGUCCAAGGGAUACUCGAAUACCAGAAGGAUCCAGAGGAAGACUUCUACGCCAUACUUGGCUGCGAUGAGAACUCCACUCGCUGCACGAGUUCGCUCCCGGACUGCCGUCUAAUUGUGGGAGCUAUAAGCAACGCUCCUAAAUCCAAUCCGAAUGGAAUCAAAACAGACGAGGACCGAAAUAAACCCAACAACGCAGAUAGCAACCGUUAA